UAAUGACAUGUUUAAUGAAUUUUAGCUGACAGAUCGGAUCAGACUACAGACCAGGAUCUACUGACUCAUCUUCUAAGGAGUCUUGCUAGUCGGAAUGGUGAACAAGGGGGCAAUAACUUGUCUAACAUUUUGCGAGAACCAGAGAAUUUGUUGAGAGAAGGGGGUUCAUCUAGGGAGUCAGAGAUGGUGCCAACUUUACUCUCCAAUGGUUCUCAAGGCUCUCCAACUGAUAUAAGACAACAUCAAACUGUAUCUAUGAAUAAAAUGCAACAAGAAGUGGUGCAUGCACAUGAUGCUAGGGCUACUGAUCAGCAGCUCAUGUCUUAUAUAAAGCCCAGCAUUUCAAACACUCCUCCAGCUUACGCAGAAGCCAGAGACAGUACCGCUGGACAAAUCAAGAUGAAUAAUUUUGAUUUGAAUGACAUAUAUAUUGACUCAGACGAUGGCAUAGAAGAUCUAGAAAGAUUGCCUGGAACUACUAAUCAUGUCACUAGCUCUCUUGAUUACCCAUGGACACAACAAGAUUCCCAUCAGUCAAGUCCACCUCAGACAAGUAGAAAUUCAGUCUGGAUCUGCCCACUCCCCUUCUAGUUCCACUGGAGAAGCUCAGUGUCGCACAGAUCGUAUUGUUUUCAAACUCUUUGGUAAAGAGCCGAGUGAUUUUCCUCUUAUACUUAGAGCACAGAUUCUUGACUGGUUAUCACACAGUCCUACUGAUAUUGAAAGCUACAUACGACCUGGUUGUAUUGUUUUGACAAUUUAUCUGCGCCAGGCUGAAGCUGUUUGGGAGGAAAUUUGCUAUGAUCUGACUUCUAGUUUGGGUAGGCUACUGGAUGUCUCAGAUGAUACUUUUUGGAGAACUGGAUGGGUUCACAUCAGGGUGCAGCAUCAGAUGGCAUUCAUUUUCAAUGGUCUCUUACCUUAUAACAUGGAUUGUUGAUCUCUGUAUUUAUUGCAUCUGUUUAUAGGGUUCAAAGUUGCUCACCUCCGCUGCUCUCCUAAUUUAUGCUUAUGGUGCUGGUGGCUUUCCUGCUUGGAGCAUUAAUUUGCUGAACUGUUGCUGUUUUGCUGAGUUGUUGUGUUUAACUAUUUUGUCCUAAUUUCAUGAGCAGUUGCUGUUUAACUUCAUUUAAAGAACUAGAAUUGCUGAAUUGUUCUAGUUCUUUUAGGCUAUUAUGUUUUCUCUUUUGCUGGGACCUUGGAUGUUUAACUCACUUGAGAGAGUG